AUGCCGCCGCAAAAGAAUCGCAGUGCUGAGGUCCUUGCGGACCCAGAUCCAGGCGAAAACAUGGACACCAGCAAACGCGUUUUGCGAAGCCGCCCCAGUUUGACACAGUCAUCAGAAGCCUCGCAGAAACCAAAGGCUAGCAAGCGCAAUAGCGCCAAUCCACAAGCACGUACCGCAAGCUGGGAUACCAGUUGA